AUGGACGAUCGAGAAAAAACUGAACGCAAUGAAGAAAAUCCUACAAAAGAAGAAACAAACGAUGGAAGAGAGAAAGUAAUCAACAAACCAAUUGGCCAAAUCAUUGAUGACGCUGGUCCGUCAAGGGUCAUAAGCUUACCUGGAGCUGUUCCACACUGUCUUAAAAAUAGCACUAGACUCAAACCAGGAGUAUCGAAAUCAGAACAUAACAUACGACAAAUUAUCACAACCAAAGAUGUCGCCAAUGCACUUAGGCUUACCUCACUAAGCUAUGCAACCAAUCAAGUGCAAAAUAUUGACUUGAAAGAACUUAAAAUACCUAUUCUAGAUACAAAUGACAAAGAUAAUGAUGAUAUAACAUUAAUAGAACUAAAACGUUUUAUGGCUUCUUGUUUCAAACUAAACAAAGACGUAACUAAUCUUAAUGAAACGUCAAAUAUAAAUAUACAUGCCGCGAUAAGUACUAUUGCAAAUGAUCUGGUACAAAAUGUUCCAGAUGUCAGUCUUACAGCAAAUAAUGCAACUGUCACUAAGACAGUGGUUACAAAUACUGAUCUUGUCCAACCUAAAGUAGUUGAAGGAAAUAAGAAUAAGCAUCCAGACAGUUUGUCUGAAAAAUCAGAUUUCGCAGUGACACAAAGAGAUUCUCUUUCAAGUAUUGGCUCGAAUGUUUGCAGAAUUUGUAUGACUAGAGGAAGGGAGAGAUUAAUAUCGCCUUGCAACUGCAAGGGAUCCUUGGCAAACGUCCAUCUCUCUUGCUUGCAAAGGUGGCUUAAUCAAGUGGGUAGGAACCACUGCGAGCUCUGCGGUUACAGUUACCCGGCGAUUCGCACGCCCCGUUACACGGUCCUCCAAGCGCUGCGACUGUGGUUCUGCAAUCCACGAAAUAGGAGUCAUCUACAGUCCGAUUGCUUGAUAUUUUGGCUGAUUUCAACAGUGACAGCCGGCUUGCUGGCGGUAUGCAUCGUUGGCACACAGUAUUUUGUGACUGAGGGUAACAAUUUUGGUAAGCCCGAUGCCAUUAGAAAGAAUGAAGGUAUAUCACAUCGAAUCACAGAAACGGCGAUGGAUUUCUUUAUGGCAAUAGUUUUGUGUGGCUAUUCAGUGACAGUAUACUUUCUAUGGAAAGAUCAUUACGUAAUGUGGAACCGUUGGCGGAGGGCAAACGUCAAUGUGCAACUGUUAUUAACCCCCGACUCGAACCCUGUGCCAUUUCUCCCGAGAUCUAGAUAUCACGUUGUUUGAAUAUACUUAUUUUUUUCACUGAACAGUGUUUUUAAUUGGCAACAAGAACAAGCAUAUAUAUGCAAUAUAAUAUUGCAUAAAUACAUGUUACAGAUUGUUUA